AUGCCUUCCGUUGAAGUCAAUGGCAAAUGCCUCUUCUACACAGUCGACGGAGACUCUACAACUAAGACCACAACUGUCUUCAUCCACGGCCUUGGCUCUUCGUCCUGCUUUUACCAUACAAUAAUUCCUGGUCUAAAAUCAUCCACUCGCUGCAUCGCACUUGAUACUCCAGGUUCCGGGCUGUCGGAGCUUGGCAAGUCAGAGCAAAGCAUCGCUACUAUCGCAGAAGACGUCAUAGGGCUUUUAGACACUCUCAAUAUCAAGGAGAGCGUUAUUGUGGUUGGACAUUCAGUAGGCAGUACUGUGGUAAAUUUUUUGGCUGCUACAUAUCCGGAUCGAGUGAGGGCGGUUGUGUUGCUUGGGCCGGUGAAUCCUGAAUUUGCCAUUGUGCCUGUUUUCGAGCAGAGGAUUGAGGUUAUCCAGAGCGACAGUCUUGAGACGCUAGCUAAGAAAAUUCCUCUAACUGCUACGGGAGAGAAGGCUGGCAGUCUUCAGCGUGCUUUUGUUCGAGCAUUGGUUUUGAGCACAUCUCCCGAGGGUUACAUGUCUCUUUGUCAUGCACUUGCCACUGCUCAGCCGCCAGAUUACGGAGCUAUCAAUGUCCCCUUGUUGAUAAUUACGGGAUCAGAUGAUGUAACUUCCCCUCUAUCUGGCCCGAAGGAGAUUUUGGAGAAAUAUGGGACCAAGAAGACUGAAAAGUCGACUAAGGAUUUGAGUGGGAUUGGUCAUUGGCAUUGCGUGGAGGCACCAGAUGAUGUCAAAGAACUAAUUAAGGAAUUUAUUCAGACUAUCAAAUAG